UUUUGCCAGCGCUGGUGGCGUCGGCAGCAACAAGAGUGGCCGCCGCCCCUCCCUCCAGCCGGCCAUCUUGGAGCCAAACCCCGCCGCUGCCCAAGGACGAUGAGCGCUCCGGAGGGACGGACGGGCACUUGACCUCCGCCCUGUCCAGCUGCUGAGCCCCCGCGCCGCCGCCCUUCAGGAUGAGCCCCGCCAGUCCGGCGCUGCAGCUGCUGCUGCUGCUCUUCCCGCUGGCACUGAACACGCUGGGCAUGGAGAUGACGGCCGUAACCCCCGUCUAUGCGCUGAACGGCUCUUCCAUCCGCCUCACCUGCACAUUCAAUUCAUGCUACCAGGUAGACAAAAAGCAGUUCUCCAUGAACUGGACCUACCAAACCUGUCAGAACUGCACCGAAGAGAUGUUCUUGCAGUUUAAGCUGAAAGUGGUUCCUGUGGAGCUGAAGCGCUUUGAGGAUCGUGUGGAGUUUACGGGGAACCCCACCAAGAACGAUGUGUCCUUCACCCUCCACAACGUGCAGCUGGAGGACGCAGGGCUGUACAACUGCUACGUGAUGAACCCGCCUGACCGGCACAAGGGCCACUUCCAGAUCAGCCUCCAGGUUCUCACCGAAGAGCCCCCAGAGCGGGACUCCACUGUGGCCGUGAUUGUGGGUGCCACUGUGGGAGGCUUCCUGGCUGUGGUGAUCCUGGCCUUGGUCAUUGUCAAGUGUGUCCGGCGCAAGAAGCAGCAGAGGCUCAACACGGAUGACCAGAAGACCGAAGAAGAGGGCAAGACAGAUGGGGAAGGGAACCCGGAGGAAGGCAUGAAGUAGGGGGGGGAGCCUCUCCCCCUGGCUGGCCUCCUCCUUGUCCCUGGCCUCUUUUCUCCCACUUUGGACUUUCUCCAAAGCAAAGAGCUCCACCCAAAAUUUCAGAAGGACUGGGCUGCUUUCUCUCCCCCUCUUCACCCCUGGGCUCUUGGGCCAGAGCCCAGCAGGGGCUGCCUGCCUGCCACUAGGGGGAUUUUAUUGUGGGGGGGUAAUUUGCUGAAACUGAAAGCUGCCUGGGGUGAGUCUGCAUUCCUGCCCCAGGUGGGUGGACUGAGGGAGCCCUGUUUUGUGUCCCUGGCAGGAAGGCCACCCCUCCCCCACCCCUGCUGCCUCAAUGGCAAGUCCUGGGGAGGCGAAAGCUCUUCCCCUUUGCUCCUGGAGCACUGGGAUCCCUACUGGAAGGGGCCCCAGAGGAGGCCGAAGGCUUAGGAGCUGAUGAGGACUCACAGCUCUGUGGCAGAGAGAAGAUCUGUGCACCCCACGGCCAAGCAGGAUUUCCUCUCCAAAGUAGAGGCUGCCAUUUCUCACUUCCCACCUUGAACACCAAGCACAAUUCACCACUGCCACGAGAAUUCACUGCCAGAAGUCAGCAGCCAUCUCUCUUGCAGGCCAGCACUGCACGCACACACACACACACACACACACACACACACACACAUCGUGCAAACCCACUGCAGGGCUGUUUGGAAGGAAUGCUGUUGACCUCGCACCCCUCUUCUCAUGAAAAAACCCGAAGGUUUUCUGCCUGGCAGGUAGAAGGUGUGUGCCAGUUGAGGGGAGCAAGGGAAGGAUGGAAGGAAGGAAGGAAGGAAGGAAGGAAGGAAGGAAGGAAGGAAGGAAGGUAGGAAGGUAGGUUGUCUGUUUGGGGCUUAGUGGAAGAGUUUCCGCCCAGACCCACUGCAGCCAACUGGUCUUUGCUUUCUCUGCUCACACAGUUAGAAUCCCCAAGCAAGAAGGGCCCUGGAGGCCUCCAUUCCCCCCACCUCCCUGCCACAUGACCCCCUCCUGGGAUUCUCCACUCAGCAGCUCCUGAACUGGCCUUUACUUCUGGGCACGAGGCUCCUUUCCUAGGAUAUUCCCCUGGGGGGUGAGAGCAAGUAAUUCCCCGGUUGGCUUGUGACUGUGCUGUUUUUGGCUCUGCUGCUUCUCCUUGAAAUUGCACUUUGCUGUCUGCUGAUUGCAACAACCCCCCCCCCUCUUUCUGUCAUGUUCCCAACACCUGCCCUCGGCUGAGAUGGGUUAUGCAACCUUUCUGUCCUUAUUUUGCGAAAUCUGCAAUUCAGAUUCCUCAGCGUCAGCCUGAAAAGUUUUCAUUGCUCUUUUUGUAAGUGUAGAAUUGAGUUGGCCUCCAUUUGCACGGACAGUGACUUUCUGUGCUGCGCUGGAAAUCAAUGUUUCUUCUCCUGGGUCUGCUCAGGACAUCCAACGGUCAGAUGAAAUAAAGCAGAGCUUGCCUCUCA